AACACCUUACGUCAUAGACCGGAAAUAGUUGAGAAGACACCCGGACAUUUCUUUUGUACACCGUCGGAAUCUAGUUUUGUAUAAUUUUCUAGAACUCCCAAUUUGCUGUUUUAGCUUUUUAUUAGGUGGUCUAUUAUUAAGCUGUAACUCAGAGAUAUUGCUUAAACUUACCUGGAAUAUUUUUAAGGAAACGCGAGGGCUGUCUGUAGUCGUCUCUGGGCUAGGCUACUAUUAGCCUAGCAUUUAACUCUUGCUAGCUAAUAACUUCAGUUUAUGUUGCUUGUCAGAGCAGCUGGGAUAAAAUAUCAACUGUUCAGACUCAAAUUAUUAUUAAGAGCGAUUUAAAUACACGUUCAAGAAAUAUGGCGGUUGUCAACGAAAGCGCUCUGAAGAAAAUGCUGAAGCAAUAUAAAUACAGAGAUCUGACUGUUCGGGAGAUUACCAAUGUCAUCUCCCAAUACAAGGACCUGAAGCCGGUUAUGGAUGCUUAUGUGUUUAAUGACGGUUCGUCGAGAGACCUAAUGAGCUUGACUGGGACUGUCCCUGUGAGUUAUAGAGGCAAUGUCUACAACAUCCCAGUGUGUUUGUGGCUGCUGGACACAUAUCCAUAUAACCCACCUAUAUGUUUUGUAAAACCAACCAGUACCAUGAUGAUUAAGACGGGCAAACACAUUGAUGCCAAUGGCAAAAUUUACCUCCCUUAUCUACAUGAGUGGAAACAUCCUCAGUCAGACCUGUAUGGCCUGAUUCAGGUGAUGAUUGUCGUGUUUGGAGAGGAGCCGCCUGUGUUUUCCCGUCCCACCACACAACCCCCCUUCCCAAGCUUUCAAGCAGCUGGACCCCCGAACUCUUCUUAUAUGCCUGGAAUGCCUGCAGUCUCACCCUAUGGGCCAAAUCCCAAUCCAGGAGGUUACCCGGCUUACCAAUACCCUCCUGGGAACUCUUAUCCAGCCACAGCUGGACCUGGACACUAUCCAACUCAGACUCCAGUCUCCACAGUGGGGCCAACCAGGGACGGCACCAUUGGCGAAGACACCAUUCGCGCAUCUCUGAUUUCAGCCGUAAGUGACAAACUUCGCUGGAGGAUGAAGGAAGAGAUGGACAGAGCUCAGGCAGAGCUGGAUGCCCUGAAGCGAACAGAGGAAGAUCUGAAGAAAGGGCAUCAGAAGCUGGAGGAGAUGAUCUCCAGACUUGACCAGGAAGUGACUGAUGUUGACAGGAACAUUGAACUGCUGAAGAAAAAGGAUGAGGAAUUAACCGAAGCCUUGGAGAAAAUGGAGAACCAAUCAGAGAACAAUGAUAUAGAUGAUGUCAUUGUGCCCACAGCUCCUCUGUACAAGCAGAUUCUGAAUCUGUAUGCAGAAGAAAAUGCAAUUGAAGAUACAAUCUUCUACCUGGGAGAGGCCCUGCGCAGAGGUGUCAUAGAUCUGGAGGUUUUCCUCAAGCAUGUACGCCUUCUGUCCAGGAAACAGUUCCAGCUUCGAGCUCUAAUGCAGAAAGCUCGUAAGACUGCUGGACUAAGUGACCUGUACUGACCCACAAUGACCGCUCGGAAACAUGCGUAUAUUCACACUCCUACUCUUCUUCCUGCUGUUUAUUUCCUUUCUACAGUCUUCUUGUAUACCAACCAGCUGCCUCUUUUUAACAAAAAACGAGAAAAAGCAUUUAUGAAGAAUUCUGUAAUGUCUGAAUGUGGCCUCUUUUAUAUUUGGCACCAGUGUUAGGUCACAAACUCAAUCCAGAUGAUCAGCAAUUACUUUGAUUUCAUAAAAAACUGGUACCGUUUGUGAA